AAACCAUCUGCCAGUGGAGACCCAGUGAACUUGGCUAUGGGGAAGAAGCUGGUGAUGGCCCAGAAGCGCGGAGAGACGCGAGCCCUCUGCCUGGGGGUGACAAUGGUAGUGUGUGCUGCCAUCACCUACUAUAUCCUGGGUACCACUGUGCUACCUCUCUACCAGAAAAGUGUGUGGACCCAAGAGUCUACCUGUCACCUGAUUGAAGCCAACGUCAAGGACCACGAUGAGCUGGAGGGCAAGAAGGUGCCCCGGUAUCCAUGCCUUUGGGUCAACGUAUCAGUUGUGGGCCAGUGGGCCAUUUUGUACCACACAGAGGACACUCAGGAUCAAAACCAACAGUGCUCCUAUAUCCCUAGCAACCUGGACAACUACCAGAUGGCCCUGGCUGAUGUGGAGAAGGUCAGAGCCAAUUUCCAUGAGCACCAUGCCUUCUACUGCUUCUCUGCACCUCAAGUCGAGACCAGCGUUGUGUAUCGGCGCCUCUAUGGGCCCCAAACCCUGCUCUUCUCCUUCUUCUGGCCCACCUUCCUGCUGACUGGUGGCCUCCUCAUUAUUGCCAUGGUGAAACUCAACAGGUCCCUAUCCAUCUUGGCUGCUCAGAGGUAG